GUGUCUGUAUAGUGUAUACUGCACUCGUGCCACAAGUCUAUUUCCUCGUUUGCAUUGACUGGAAAAGGGCGUGCUCUUCUCUCAUUGUGUUAUAGGUCAUCUGUUCCAACUUCUCGUUAGAGUUUUGACUGGAAUCCUGAUAUUCCAGUCAUACAUAUGACCAGUUCGAGUUCUUCAACCUUAUUGCCGACGUCUGCUGUUAAACCAUUCCUGCAAUAAUAUAUUUUGUUGAAAGUACUACCCACCAAACAAAAAUGAAUCGAGGAGCUUUCUACGGUGUCAUUGCUUCGUUGCUGUGGCUCCGACUGCAUUUUCCUAUUUGGCUCAUCCUUUUAAUCUUACUGGCAAUCUACGCCGUUAUGGGUGGAUACAGUUAUCUAAGUGUAAUAGUUCGAACUACCAAACGCGAUGUCACUGGUUUGACUCGAUACCUUCAAGUGUUGUUGAGGGUACGCAGUUACCAGAAGAAAAAUUGGACUGUACCAAUGGUAUUUGAGACUCAUGUGAAGAAACAUCCCAACAAAAUUGCCUUUGUUUUCGAAGGUAGAGAGUGGACUUUCAAGGAGAUUGACGAGUUCAGUAAUAAGAUAGCUCAUGUGUUUGAAGAAGCUGGGUUUCAACCAGGCGAAACAGUUGCUUUGUUGUUGGAUAACAGACCAGAAUAUGUUGCUAUCUGGCUUGGCCUUGCCAAAGCUGGCCUGGUCACUGCUCUUCUAAACCACAAUCUUCGGGAUAAGCCUCUGUUGCAUUGCAUCCAGAUUGCUGAUUGCAAGGGGGUCAUCUUUGGUGCCGAUUUCUGUGAUGCUUUUACUGGCGUACGUGAUCAGUUGGAUUCCUCAAUCAAGCAGUAUGCUUUUGACUUUAAGAACAAUGUUUCAAUCCCCGCUUCUAGCAUCAAUCUCGACAUGAAAAUGGAAGAGGCUUCUCCAGGUCGCCUUUCUGGCCCUCAGCGUGCCAAUUACGGUGACAAAAUGCUGUAUAUAUACACGUCCGGCACUACUGGACUUCCAAAAGCCGCUGUCAUUCGUCAUUCUCGUUACAUAUUUGCCACAUUUGGGGGUUUUUAUGCUUGCGGUCUUAACAAGAAAGACACGAUCUACGUCCCUAUGCCCUUAUACCACAUGUCCGGUGGAUGCAUGGGCGCCGGGAUGACUCUACUGUUUGGCUGCACUGCAGUAAUGCGAAAAAAGUUCAGUGUGACGAACUUUUGGAGCGAUUGCACCAAACACGGAUGCACGGUUGCUCAGUAUAUCGGAGAAACAUGUCGCUAUCUUCUUGCCGCCCCACCCCGUCCUGAAGACAAAAGUCACAGUGUUCGUCUCAUGUUCGGAAAUGGAUUACGCCCGCAAAUUUGGGAAGAAUUUGUCAACCGCUUCAGCAGUUCCACAAGAAAACUACUAAUUGCUGAAUUUUACGGAGCCACCGAAGGAAACGCAAAUAUAAUCAAUUUCGAUGGCCGUGUCGGCGCUGUCGGAUUUGUAUCGAUGAUUGCCCCAUCGGUCUAUCCAGUCGCAUUAAUCAAGGUGAAUGAAGAUACGGGAGAGCCCAUCCGUGGUGAGGAUGGACUUUGUAUCCGCUGCAAACCUGGAGAGCCGGGCAUGUUUGUAGGCAUGAUUCUUAGGAAUCAUCCUAUUCGCGAUUUUCAUGGUUACGCCGAUCCAAAUGCCACAAAGAAAAAAGUUGCGGUCGAUGUUUUCAAACGUGGUGACGCAGCUUUCCUCUCUGGUGACAUUCUAGAAAUGGACGAGCUAGGGUACUUAUUCUUUAAAGAUCGCACCGGUGACACAUUCCGUUGGCGUGGAGAGAAUGUUAGCACGUCGGAGGUGGAGGCCGUCAUCAGCAACGUAGCUGCAUUGAAAGAUUGUUGCGUCUAUGGAGUCGAGGUUCCGGGUGCUGAAGGUCGUGCGGGUAUGGCAGCUAUAUUGGAUCCCGAGAGGACUCUGGACUUGAAAGUUUUGGCUACCGGGAUGAGCAAAGUAUUGCCGUCCUAUGCCCGGCCGCUAUUUGUACGACUGGUCAAAGUCAUCGAUUUAACGGGCACCUAUAAAUUGAGAAAAGUCGACUACCAGAAAGAAGGAUUUGAUGUGGACAAGAUUAAGGAUGAGGUGUACUUCUUUGAUGCGACUAGCCAAUCAUAUGUUCUCUUUACUAGUGCACUUUACGAGCAGUUGAAGUCAGGGAAAAUAAGAGUUUAAAAAAUUCAUGUGUAUUAUUGACAUUUAUUUUUUUUUUGUAAUUUUUUUUUUCUGCAUGUCAUGCCAUUUUCAUGCAUCUUUGUCAAAAUCCCUGUUAAUAAGCUACAUACUCUGAUUAUGAUUUGGAUUAAUUUUUUUAUAUUUUAUUUUGAAUUGGAUUUUCCACCAUAUCCGCUGCCAGGGAAAGGAGAAAUUGCCCAUAUAUGCACUAACGGAUGGGGAAAAAAUAAUAAAAUUUGGUAAUCAACAUUUUUACUGGGGUUUUGAAAUGUUGAAAGUCGUGAAUUGUGACAGUUUAAAUGGGACCAUAGAUUUAUCGAAGCAAAUUGUUGAGAAAUUUGAAAUUAAAUGAACAUGCUACUAUAUGUUGAAGCACAAAUAAGUAAUACAAAACAUCGAAAUUUCA